UUGAGCGGCGAAGAAAAUAACUUAAAAUAAUGUCAGGUAUUAACCUCCCACCGCUGUGGCUUUCUCCAAACUGGACCGGAGUGGGAAUCCACUGGAAAUCGGGAUCUCCGCGGCGUUUCCCCGCAAACCAAGCUCUGCUUCCACCGCCUGCUGUCCCACUGACUGUCAGUGGAGAGAAGGAGGAGGUGGGGAAGCCACAGGGGCCCCGCCUGGGCCAGGUGGACCCCCGGAUGGCAUCCCUGCAGAGGAACAUCCAAUUCCUGCAGGAACAACACAAGGAAACUCUGGAGAAGCUCCACGCAGAAAUAGAAUACCUCAGAAAGGAGAAUAACGAACUGAAGUAUAAAAUGAUUAUGGAGUCGCACCAGACUAGCAGAAAAGGAAGAAUGCACAGCUUUCAAGAUGCAACACCUAAAACCCAAGGCAGAGUGGCCCACACAGAAGAGGAACCAUUGGAGAAGACAUCAGCACUACUGCAAGACCAAGCUUUAAGAGAAUGUGGCGAUGUUCCACUGUCAGUACGGCAAAUCAAUGGCACAGGCAUCACUAGGCGGAUUACCUCCUUACAGCCUCUAAGAGUCCGCAGCAAUCCAUCCCGUCCACCACACCCCCCCACCCUGCAGGAGUGUGAGAUCAUCAUCCAGCAGAUGUUCAAAUCCAACAAUUUACAGAGUCAGGAGAUUGCGCGUCUGAAGGCAUUGCUUAGAGAUUUUGUCCUGAGCAAGAAAAUCCCCCCAGAAAACCAUAUGUCAAGCAAAGCCUACCUUAUUGAUAAACCACGGUAAGGUGAUGCUAACAUGUUUAUAGAUCAUACAAUCAGGUUUGCAAAUACGUUCAACCUGCUGUUGAUGUGGCUUUUCCUGUAUGUUGCAGGAAGGCUGUAGA